CGCUGAAGUUGAUAAGGCUCUUUACUCUGCUUCUCCGAAGUAUUGGGUUGUGCAAACAUGGCGACGAGCUCUCAUCUUCUUCCUCAGGCAUUGCAUAUGACACCGAAAAUCCAUACGUUCUCCUCGAAGAAUUUAGGGGUUUCUUCAUUUCUACCACGGGCAUUGCCAUUGAACUCUCGGCUAUCAGUUUCUAGGGUUUUUCUGAAUCAUUCGAGUUCGGGUUUUGGCUACGCGAUCGAUUCCAGGAAGAGAAGGGAGUUUAUCGCUAAAGCCGAAGAGAGCACUGAAGGCGAAGCUGGAGCAGUUGUGGAGAAUGUUGCUGAAACUGAAGAUGAAGUAGAAGCCACUGAAGCAGAGGAAGCCAAACCUCAGAGGAAGCCGAGGAUCAAGCUCGGAGAUAUCAUGGGAAUACUGAACCAGAGAGCAAUUGAGGUCUCAGAGAAAGUAAGACCUGUUCCAGAAAUUAGAACAGGGGACAUUGUUGAAAUCAAACUGGAAGUUCCGGAGAACAGACGUAGGCUAUCAAUCUACAAAGGUAUAGUGAUGUCUAGACAAAAUGCAGGCAUCCACACUACUAUUCGCAUCAGGAGAAUCAUUGCAGGCAUUGGCGUUGAAAUCGUCUUUCCUAUAUACUCUCCCAACAUUAAGGAAAUAAAAGUGGUAAGUCACAGGAAAGUAAGAAGAGCAAGGCUUUACUAUCUGAGGGACAAACUUCCUCGUCUCUCUACUUUUAAAUGAACCCAAAACCCAACUCAGUCUUGUGUUUUCUUCAACCUUUAAAGGUAGCUGAUCUCUUCCUUUUACAUACACUCUUUAUCUCUCUCUUUCUUGUAAUAAUUGUUCGUUUGUUUGUCUUUUGGAUUUCAUUUUUUUCAUGUAAUUUACAUUUUACAGUGACUAUAAUUUCAGAAAAGUAAAUCAAAAUGUUUUGUGAGGCUCCC